AUGGUUGACAUAUGUUUCUAUUGUAAUUGUCUGACUUGCAUUUGCAAAUUAUUACAACCGGAUUGGACUAGCGGAAAUAAAUACAUCGACAAGUUUAUCAAAGAGGCUCAAUUGAAAGUAAACGUAAAUUUAGAUGAAAUUAUCAUAGAAUGGAUUCCUUUUAAUGGAUUAAGAAAUAUUAAAUAUUUAGCUCAUGGCGGUUUCAGUACCAUUUAUAAGGCAAUUUGGUUAGAUGGAUAUAUAAUUUCUAGUGACAAAAGACAUCGUGAUCCACUUAAUUGUGAGGAUCAUAAAAUUGCAAAAGAAAAAGAUGUCAAGUCACCACUUAAUAAAAAUGAAAAAAAGGGAGUUCAUGUUGCAUUAAAAAGCUUAAAAAAUUCUUCAAAUAUUAGUGAUGAUUUCAUAAAUGAAUUGAAAAAUCAUUUACAAUGUAUGAAUUCAAAUGUUUCGUCAGCAGUACGCAUAUUUGGAAUAACCCAAGAUCCAGAAACAUCGAAUUACAUGAUAGUAAUGGAAUUAAUAAAUGGAGGAAAUUUAAGAUCUAAUUUAUUAAUAAAAAAAUAUAAUCCAUUUGAAAAAUACUAUAAUUUAGCGUGUAUAGCAUAUGUACUUCUAAAAUUACACAGAUGUAAUAUAAUCCAUGGUGAUUUCCACAGUGGAAAUAUUCUUAUACAUUAUAGCUAUAGUCCAUGUUAUAUAAGCGAUUUUGGAUUAAGUAGACCAGUAAAUCAAACUAUUAAUUCGAAUGAAAUUUAUGGGGUGAUUCCUUAUAUGGCUCCAGAGGUAUUACGUGGGAAAUCAUAUACUAAAGCAGCUGAUAUUUAUUCUUUUGGAAUUAUUAUGUGGGAAUUUACAUCUGGUAUUCCUGCUUUUAGCAAUAGGCCUCAUGAUUUUAAUCUUUCUUUAGAUAUUUGUAAAGGUUUGAGACCAGAAAUUGUUAAAAGUACAUUGCCAGUUUAUGCAAGUUUAAUGAAGAGGUGUUGGGAUUCUAAUCCUAAUAAAAGACCAACAGCUGAAGAAUUACAUCAAAUCACUGCUUUUUGGUGUGAUUAUUUUCCGAAAUGUUACGAGAAUAAAAGGAAUAAAAUUCCUAGCAAUGAACAAAUUACAAAGAAUCAUCCAUUAUCUUGUUACACAAGCAGAAAAAUCGAUUACUCUGCAAAAAUAAAUGAAAUUUUAUCUCAGGAAGAACUAAGCAAUAAAAUCGUAAUAGAUGAAUAA